AUGGACCAUCUCUCCCUCGUCCCGUCCCACACCGUCAUCUUCACCAUCGCAAUCAUCAUCUCCAUCACCAUCGCCAUCAUCAUCGCUGGUGCCAAUGCGCAGCAGCGGGAGGGUGAGUGCCGUGCACAAUGGUAUGUGCGGCACUUUGUCGAGCACGAUGUCCUUGUACACACGCACGCGGAAGCGGUGAAACGGCUCAAGGUCCAUCAUGGUGUGAGCUGCGUUGAGGUUGUUGCAGUGCCACAGCUGGUGCCUGUUGAUCGUGUCCUCGCAGUCGUCGUCAUCACCACCACCAUGAUCGACGGCACUUCCUCCUCCCUCCUCCACCUCCCCAUCCCGCCCGUCUCCAUGGCCCGUCUUUCCGAGCGUGCGCAGCAGCUGCUCAAGCGGCAGCACUGA